CUAAAAGCAUCACUGAGGCGAGGCACAACUGUAAUGAGGAGAGGGUGGGGGUGCAAUUCUGGAAGAUUCUACAGGAAUCUUAUGAGUGGACCCCAUUUCAAUCGUUUAUUGUGGGGACUCUUUCUCUGAGCUAGGUGUUUAGCUUUCCCUGUCAAAGCCACAACGUGUGGCGAGACAAAAAGAUUUUAGGAGACAAUGACGGGAACAGACUGAUACCUGCUCCUCUCUGCAAAGAUGUCAAAGAGGCCAUCCUAUGCUCCUCCCCCUCCCCCUGCUCCGACAACACAAAUGCCCAACACUCCUGGCUUUGUGGGGUACAACCCAUACAGUCAUCUGGCCUACAACAACUACAGACUGGGAGGGAGCCAAAGCACCAACAGUCGGAAUUCCUCUGGAAUAAAUAUCCCAAAGCCACCCAAGCCACCUGAUAAGCCACUCAUGCCAUACAUGAGAUACAGUCGUAAAGUUUGGGAUCAAGUAAAAGCCUCCAAUCCUGAUCUGAAGCUAUGGGAAAUUGGGAAGAUAAUCGGUGGCAUGUGGAGGGACCUCACUGAUGAGGAGAAACAGGAUUAUUUGAAUGACUACGAAGCAGAGAAGAUUGAAUAUAACGAGAGUAUGAAGGCCUAUCACAACUCGCCUGCCUACCUGGCGUAUGUCAAUGCAAAAAGUCGUGCCGAGGCAGCACUGGAAGAGGAGAGCCGCCAGAGGCAGUCCAGACUUGACAAGGGCGAGCCUUACAUGAGCAUUCAGCCAGCUGAAGAUCCAGAUGAUUACGAUGAUGGAUUUUCCAUAAAACAUUCAGCUGCGGCUCGUUUCCAGCGUAACCACCGCCUGAUCAGUGAGAUCCUCAGUGAGAGCGUAGUUCCAGAUGUGCGGUCAGUUGUUACCACCGCACGCAUGCAAGUCCUCAAGCGGCAGGUCCAGUCUUUGAUGGUGCACCAGAGAAAGUUGGAAGCAGAGUUGCUGCAGAUUGAAGACCGUCACCAGGACAAGAAAAGAAAAUUCAUUGAAGCCACAGAGUCUUUCACAAAUGAGCUCAAACGGUUGUGCUGUAUGAAGGUGGAAGUGGACAUGGAGAAGAUUUCUGCAGAGAUUGCUGCAGCAGAAGAGGCAGCUCGCAGACGACUUGCAGAACGUGAGAAGGACGCGAAAGACCGAGGUGCCAGAGAAGCCCCCACUUGUGUCUUAGCGGAGGAAGAAAAACACGUUUGUGUAACACAUGGCGGCAAAUCGCAGCAGAAUUCUCUCGGCGACGGUACCAACAAGGAAGCCGAGGACACAGAAUCCAACCCAACAGAUACUCCAGGGAAGUCUAAGGCCUCGGAGGAGCUCGAGGCUCAUCCAGGCAGCGUGGAGGCAGCAUCUGAGGACAAAGAGAGCGUCCCAGAGGGAGCCAUGGAGGAGGGAACCAGUGACAGUAAUACAGGCUCUGAGACCACCUCUGCUCAAACAGAAGACGCCCCAACCAGCGAGCCGUCCUCAGAAUGUCCAGGCAGAGGGAGACCAGCCCACUGAGUCAAACUCAGACUGUCUGAACUGUACGGCUGUCUUUGCAUCUGAUGGUCUCCAGAAUGAUUGUCUAAAAACAUAUAUUGCACAG